CUCUCAAUGUCUGUCGUGGCAGGAAGUUGCUGGAAUUUGGUUAGGAUCUUUAAACCUCAGUGAUAGGAUAGGACAAUAACAGAUCAGAGUUCUCUGUCGAAAUCCAUCCGACGAAGAUUGUCGAUGGAUAACACUGGAUAUUGCAACGAGAGUAGCACAAGUGACGAGGACAUGGUGGAGAUAGCAGGGGCAACAUUAGACUUCUCUACCACAGAGGAUGUACCACCCUUGGACCGAGACUAUGGUUCUGGGGAUAACCCAGGUAUGGAGGAGGUGAACGGGGUGCCUAAGCUGAUGGACCUGCUGGAUGAUCCCGUGCCAGGGGUGGGCACCUAUGAGGACUUUAACACCAUAGACUGGGUGCGGGAGAAGUCCAAAGACCGCGACCGCCACAGAGAGAUUACCAGUAAAAGCAAAGAGUCCACAUGGGCGCUGGUGAAGAGUGUCAGUGAUGCCUUCUCUGGAUGGCUGCUCAUGCUGCUGAUUGGACUCAUGUCAGGCGCAUUGGCAGGUGGGAUCGACAUAUCAGCCCACUGGAUGACAGACCUCAAGGAAGGGGUUUGUCUGAACGGGUUCUGGUUCAACCAUGAGCACUGCUGUUGGACCUCCAACGAGACUACCUUCCAGGAGAGGGACAAGUGUCCCCAGUGGAAAAGCUGGGCCGAGCUCAUCAUCGGCACAACAGAGGGUCCCUUUGCGUACAUUAUGAACUACCUAAUGUAUGUGUGCUGGGCUCUACUAUUCUCCUUCCUGGCUGUGACACUGGUCAGGGCCUUCGCCCCUUAUGCCUGUGGCUCUGGAAUCCCAGAGAUCAAAACCAUAUUGAGUGGGUUUAUCAUCCGAGGGUACCUGGGGAAGUGGACCCUGGUGAUCAAGACCAUCACCCUAGUCCUGGCUGUGUCGUCAGGGCUCAGCCUGGGGAAGGAGGGACCCCUAGUCCACGUGGCCUGCUGCUGUGGCAACAUCCUCUGCCACCUCUUCACUAAGUACCGCAAGAACGAGGCCAAACGCAGAGAGGUUCUGUCAGCUGCUGCUGCCGUUGGUGUGUCUGUGGCUUUUGGUGCCCCCAUAGGAGGAGUGCUCUUCAGUCUGGAGGAGGUGAGCUACUAUUUCCCUCUGAAGACGCUGUGGCGGUCGUUCUUCGCGGCCCUGGUGGCAGCCUUCACCCUGCGCUCCAUCAACCCGUUUGGCAACAGCCGCCUGGUGCUGUUCUACGUGGAGUUCCACACCCCCUGGCAUCUCCUGGAGCUCAUACCCUUCAUCCUCCUUGGCAUCUUCGGCGGCAUCUGGGGCGCCUUCUUCAUCCGAGGCAACAUCGCAUGGUGCCGGCGGCGUAAGACCACGUGGCUGGGCCACUAUCCGGUCCUGGAGGUGCUGGUUGUCACCGCGAUCACGGCGGUGGUGGCUUUCCCUAACAGCUACACACGCACCAGCACCAGUGAGCUCAUCUCUGAGCUCUUCAACGAUUGUGGCCUGCUGGACUCCUCCAAGCUGUGCAACUAUGACAACGCCAACGUCACCAAGAGCAGCAACGAGCUGCCGGACCGUCCGGCUGGAGAUGACGUCUACACGGCCAUGUGGCAGCUGUCCCUGGCCCUUGUCUUUAAGAUGCUAAUUACCGUGGUUACCUUCGGCAUGAAGGUGCCUUCUGGUCUGUUCAUUCCCAGUAUGGCGGUGGGGGCGAUCGCAGGCAGGCUGCUGGGGAUAGGCAUGGAGCAGCUGGCUUACUACCACCAUGACUGGGUGAUCUUCAGGGGCUGGUGCUCCCCUGGUGCUGACUGCAUCACCCCAGGCCUCUAUGCCAUGGUGGGGGCUGCUGCCUGCUUAGGUGGGGUGACCCGCAUGACCGUGUCCCUGGUGGUCAUCAUGUUCGAGCUGACCGGAGGGCUGGAGUACAUCGUGCCCCUGAUGGCGGCGGCCAUGACCAGUAAAUGGGUGGCGGACGCCAUCGGGCGCGAGGGCAUCUACGAGGCUCACAUCCGCCUCAACGGGUACCCCUUCCUGGAGGCCAAGGAGGAGUUCAGCCAUAAGACCCUAGCCAUGGACGUGAUGCGGCCGCGUCGCAGUGACCCGCCGCUCUCCGUACUGACCCAGGACGGCAUGACGGUAGAGGACGUGGAGACCAUGAUCACAGAGACCACCUACAGCGGUUUCCCCGUGGUGGUCUCCCACGAGUCCCAGCGCCUGGUAGGCUUCGUGCUGCGCAGGGACCUCACCAUCUCCAUAGAGAAUGCCAGACAGCGUCAGGAUGGGAUAGUGAGCACCUCCAGGAUCUUCUUCACGGAGUACACGCCCCCUCAGCCCCCCAGCAGCCCCCCUCCUCUGAAGCUCCGGGGCAUCAUGGACCUUAGUCCCUUCACUGUCACAGACCACACCGCCAUGGACAUUGUGGUGGACAUCUUCAGGAAGCUGGGCCUGCGCCAAUGCCUCAUCACACACAAUGGUCGGUUGCUGGGGAUUAUCACAAAAAAGGACAUUCUGAAGCAUGUGGCCCAGAUAGCCAAACGGGACCCAGACUCGAUCCUCUUCAACUGAUGCUUCGCUACCAGCUGCAGCACCUUUGGCCAGGCAUCACUGUGGAACCACAGCUUUUACCCAGGCCUGUCUCCAGGCCAACUCCAUUGCAAUACGUUCAUGUCUAACUAGUGGUUUCCUCCCACUUUGAAAACAUUGCAGUGACAACUGGCCACUUCAUUAGAACUAUGGAGGUAGAGGAGUCAUUGGACUUCAACAGCAAGCUGGCUUUCCAGGAUUGACCCAAACGAUGAACUGGAUUUAGAAAAAGUGUAUGACUUGUUAAAUGACUGUCGGUAACUGUGAGAGUAUUUUUCCUUGGCCGUAUAGGCAGGAGUGGUCUUCCUCUUCAGUUGUUCAGGUAUAGCAUGUGUCUCUAGAGACUAAGGAGCCUAAAGGAGCUGAGACCAAAUCUGGAAUCUUGAGGUAUUAACAAAACCACUGCCAUGGAAAUCUUAACCCAUACAAUCACUAAGCUAGGAGUGGAAAUUAUCAGCUUCAACCUAUCAAAACACCAUGAGGAAAAUCACAGUUGAAAUUGUGAAGUCACUGUCUGCCUAAAAUAUUUGUUGAUGUUGAAAUGUUGAAGUAUUUUCCCUGGUGUUAUAGCUAUCACUGUUUAGCUCUACAGAAAUGUUUAUUUUCUUGGCAAUGUCUUUUUUUGUCAUGUAACGGGUGGUGGUUUUGACACAGACCUGGAGAUGUCUUCGUACAGACACAAUCUAAUAGACUAGACUAAAAUAACCUUCCUCUGAAACAUGCAUGCUGUGGUUAUCCGCUUUGACCACAGGGAGGCACUACUGUGCACUAUUCUGCGAUCACAUGUAUAUUUCUUUGCAAAAUCAAUUUCCUGCAUAUUAUGCGAUGGCUUGCAAAUUUGACCAAUCACCGCACAAUUUCCACAUAAAACAGUCAAAUUAUCAUAAGCACAUGCAAAAUGUCAGAUUUGCCACAGCAAAAUCAAGCAUUUUGACCUGCAAAUAUCACCAAAAAUCCCAGCGAAAUCCAGGAGGGACUGAUUUAUGAAACUUUACUACCAACUGAUCAGUAACAAACACUCAAAAGUGCAAUCAUGAAAAUAUGAAUUGUAUUACUCAUUUUGAAUAUGCACCCCUAUAUUUCUGAGCUUUAAGACCUUUUCAGUGAAUAGUAUUUAUUGCAUAAGUUUAUGGAGCACACUACAGAAUCAUAAAGUCAGUGACUAACUGUAAGUCGCUCUGGAUAAGAGCGUCUGCUAAAUGACUAAAAUGUAAUGAUCAGGCAGUCUUGAGGUCAUGGACAAUAUCAGUGUUGGUGUGUGAGGGGAUGAUUGAGAGAGGGAGAGGUCUCCAGUAUGUCACAUCUCAUAUCAUCCUCCUGUUAUCUCUUCGUCUGUCUAUGGUCUGGGAGGGGCAUGUGUUCUUGUUGCUCUUCCUUGCUAAGGCCCAGGCAACGGCGUCCGGAUCUAGAGACAGGACUGGCCUGUCAACACUAGUGAAGAACUCUAGAUUUCUUCUCCCUCUUACCUCAUUAUCUUACUGUCUCACGAAGCUCUCACGUCUUGCCCUCCCUACAACAAAGUCCACACUAAGAAUGAAAAAUGUAUGCACUCACUAACUGUAAGUUGCUCUGGAUAAGAGCGUCUGCUAAAUGACUAAAAUGUCAAAUGUAAGAAUGAGCAACUGAAAUGUAGCAUAGUCUCUUAAACAUGAACUAAGCUGAGGAACCUGCCCUGUGAGAAAUUCUUAACUCUCACUUUUACCUUGAGCAGGUUGAUGGUGGCCAUUCUUAAGCUAGAUUCAUGGAUUCCUUGACAUCCUGUCUUAUCCAUAAGUGUCUCCAUUGUUGUAUUACUUGUAUACCGUAGUUCAUUACAUCAGUAAAAGGCUUAACUGUAGGGUCUCAUAGAGGUAAACACAUUUCAUUUUAAAGCAUUUCAUUAAAAAAAUUAAGUACUUAUCAGUUUUUUCGGGGGGUGUAGCUACAGUUACGUUAUCAAACUGUGUGUCUGUAUUUGUAUUUAUGCCAUGUGCAAUGGUUUUGUAUCACUACCAUCUGCAAUGGUUUUGUAUCACUACCAUCUGCAAUGGUUUUGUAUCACUACCAUCUGCAAUGGUUUUGUAUCACCACCAUCUGCAAUGGUUUUGUAUCACCACCAUCUGCAAUGGUUUUGUAUCACCACCAUCUGCAAUGGUUUUGUAUCACCACCAUCUGCAAUGGUUUUGUAUCACCACCAUCUGCAAUGGUUUUGUAUCACUACCAUCUCAUGUAAAGGUGCAACUGAGAUUCAAAAAUGUGAAAUAUUAAUAAUUUAUUCCCUGUCAUUUCAACUUUGCUACAAAUUAAAACAAUGUUAACCUUCA